AUGCCGUCGUUGAUUGAAUUGGUGCUGCAAGGGGGUCGACCAAACGCGUCGUGGUGGGCGAAGGACCUGGCGAUGGGGCUAUUGCGGGUUUUGCUGAAUCUGGUGUGUUUCCAAAGAUAUCAAUAUACGAGCGAGAUCCAGAUCCCUGGAUUUGUCAAUAUUAAACGCCGGCAACUUGUACGAGCGCUGCGUCGGCACGAGCGCGAGUUCCUCGAGGACGUAUGGGAGGAUAAUGGCCCGGACGGUCUUCAUUUAGACCUAAGACGUCUCUUCGGGCUCGAACCCUAUGAGGAACCCUAUGUGAUGGAAGAAUCGUGGGACGAGCCUCCGAGCAAGAGGUCAAAGAAUUAA